UUGCGCACACAGACAGGGAGAAGGCUGCGCCCCUUCUUCGCCAAGACAUACACUCUCACUCAUCCACUGGGGCGCACGCACAGGAGACGACGGGCAUAUGUGGAUUUAUAAAAGACACAAGGAAAGCGCGGCGGUGUGACUGGGUUCUAUUCUUUGGCGAAAUAAGGACAAUUUAGUUGUAUAUUCAUCCAUUUAUUUAUUUAUUAUUAUUGUAAUUAUUUAAUCUAUUUUUUUUUUUUGCGGAGUUUCUUGCGGAUAGUGAGCAGCUGCGGAGGAUUCAACAUGCCACACUUCUGAGAAGAUAUUUACCCUCCUCCUCCCCCCCGAUUUUUUUCUCCUCUGUGGAAGUAAUCACCAAAUAUUGCGCACAGAAGAUGGGGGCAAAAAUGAUCCAAACCAAAGGAAAUAUUUUUUCUCCUGCACUACUCAAACUACUGCUUUUGGUCGCGGUUAUGCAUGGCGCCACUGGUAAGACUUUGAAAUAUAAAGUUUAUGAGGAGCAGAAAGUAGGCACGGUUAUUGCACGGUUAAAGGAGGACGUAGCCGGAGUUUUAUCCAAACUGCCGAGUUCCUUGACCUUUCGGUUCCGCGCUAUGCAACGAGGGAGUACGCCGUUCCUGUCUGUCCGGGAGGAGGACGGGGAAAUCAGCAUUGGCACCAAAAUCGACCGUGAGAAGCUUUGUGAGAAAAACUUGAACUGCUCGAUUGAAUUCGAUGUGGUCACGCUCCCGACUGAGUACCUGCAGCUGUUCCAUGUGGAGGUGGAAGUGCUGGACAUCAACGACAACUCCCCGCACUUCUCCCGCGCCAUUGUGCCCAUUGAGAUCUCCGAGAGCGCAUCCGUGGGGACGCGCAUCCCGCUGGACGGCGCAGUGGAUGCGGACGUCGGAGAGAACUCUUUGCACACCUACUCCCUGACACCCAAUAACUUCUUUAAAAUUGAUGUGAGAACCAGGACGGACGGGGCCAAGUACGCAGAGCUGGUGGUGAUGAGGGAGCUGGAUCGGGAGGUUCAGUCCAGCUACCAGCUGCAGCUCACAGCCUCGGAUAAUGGUGUGCCCCCCAAGUCUGGUUCCACUCUACUCAAGAUCAGUAUUUCAGAUUCCAACGACAACAGCCCAGCCUUUGAUGAGCAGGCUUAUAUCAUCAAUCUGCUGGAAAACUCUCCCCUUGGGACUCUAAUCAUUGAUUUAAAUGCCACAGAUCCAGACGAGGGCACUAAUGGGAAAAUAGUCUACUCUUUCAGCAGUCAUGUCCCACCAAAGAUCUUGGAAACAUUUAAGAUAAACCCAGAAAAUGGCCACAUUACUCUUAUUAAGAAGGUGGACUAUGAAACCACUGCUUCUUAUGAGCUGGAUGUCCAGGCUCAGGACUUGGGCCCUAACUCCAUCCCUGGACUUUGCAAAAUUGUGGUGAAAGUGGUGGAUGUAAAUGACAACAAACCUGAGAUAAACAUCAACCUGAUGACGCCUGGCAAAGAGGAAGUGGCCUACAUUUCAGAGGGGGCUCCUGUGGACACCUUCAUAGCUCUGGUGCGUGUUGAUGACAGCGAUGCAGGGCCCAAUGGUGAGGUGGUGUGCAGGCUGCACGGCCACGGCCACUUCAGACUCCAGAAGACCUACGAGAAGAACUACAUGAUCCUCACCAACAUCUCGUUGGACAGGGAGAAGAGAUCAGAGUACAGUCUGACGGUCAUAGCUGAGGACAGGGGUUCCCCCAGCCUCUCAACCAUCAAACAUUUCACCGUUCAGGUUCUGGAUGAAAAUGACAAUCCUCCACGGUUUGAGAAGAGCCACUAUGAGGUCUUUAAAUCAGAGAACAACUCUCCAGGAGCCUACCUGAUGACCGUGGUGGCUUCAGAUCCAGAUUUGGGGACCAAUGGCCAGGUCACCUACAACAUUAUAGAUACCCUGGUCCAAGGGAGCCCCAUCUCCACCUACGUCACCAUUGACCCCUCUAAUGGUGCCAUUUACGCCCUACGCAGCUUUGACCAUGAAGAUGUCAGCAGAAUUGCCUUCACUGUUCAGGCACGUGAUGGGGGAAACCCUGCACUGUCAGCAAACACCACCAUCCUUCUGACUGUUUUGGAUGAAAAUGACAACCCACCCAUCAUCCACUCCCCCUCUCUCCAAAAUCACACUGCUGAACUUCUGGUGUGGAAGUAUGCAUCACCGGGUCAGCUGAUCACUGCACUUAAAAUCACAGACCGUGAUGCUGGUGCCAAUGGAGAGGUGAGCUGUGCCAUUGUUGGUGGCAAUGAGGAUGGGCUGUUUGUGAUGGAUGCCCGGCGAUGUGAACUCAGAACCAAUGCCAGCCUAGAGCAGGCUCCUCGGGACGUGAUGGAGAUCAAGGUAGAAGUGCAGGACAGGGGCACCAGUCGGUUGUCCACAGCAGCCCUCUUCAGGCUCUCCCUGCAGGAGAACAUGGACAUCCUCCCCCCUCUCUACCCCACCGGCUCAAGCCAAGCCUCACUGGAUCUCUCCCUCAUUGUCAUCAUCUCUCUGGGUGCUGUUUGCGCUCUGCUGCUUAUCGUGAUGGUGAUGUUCGCAACUGCCCGCUGCAGCCGUGAGAAGAAAGACCCGAGACACAACUACAACUGCCGUGUGGCAGAAAACAGCUACCAGAAUCACCCUAAGAAGCCUGCCAGGCAGAUCCACAAGGCAGACAUCACCCUGGUCCCAACCGUCAAUGGAACUCUGCCUGUCCGGGCACACCCACGCUCCCCCUCAGCCUCCCCGACACCUGAGAGGGGCACCCUGGGGAGCAGGCAGAGCCAUCAUAGCCGCCAGUCUCUCAACAGCCUUGUCACCAUCUCAUCCAAUCAUGUGCCAGAGAAUUUUGCCCUGGAGCUAGCCCACGCCACACCUCCUGUAGAGCAAGUCUCACAGCUUCUGUCCAUGCUCCAUCAGGGUCAGUACCAGCCACGACCAAGCUUCAGAGGCAACAAAUACACCAGGAGUUACAGAUAUGCCCUGAAUGAGAUGGACAAGUUUAGCCUGAAGGACAGCGGCCGUGGAGACAGCGAGGCCGGGGACAGCGACUACGAACCUGGCAGGGAGUCACCCAUGGAUAGGCUCCUUGGUGAGGGCUUUACUGAGAUAUAUGCCCCCGAUGGCCAGCACAGAACGCAUGCAGCUAUGAGGCUCUGCACGGAGGAGUGUCGUGUCCUGGGUCACUCAGAUCAGUGCUGGAUGCCGCCCCUGGCCUCCCCAGCCUCAUCCUCCUCUGACUACCGCAGCAAUCUCUACAUCCCAGGGGAAGAAGCCCGCCAAGCUACUGACAUCUCACAGGAAAAGACCCCACAGCCCUGCACUGACACCGGGACUGCCCGGAAUCAAAGCUUCUCCACCUUCGGCAAGGACCUGGGUGGUGAGGAUGGGGAAGAAGAAGAAAGGGGAGGGGACGGUGGGGGUGAGGACAGAGAUGAAGACCUGUGUGGGACCACGUCACUACUGUCAGAGAUGAGCAGCGUGUUCCAGAGACUGCUACCCCAGGGUCUGGACUCGUACGUCCAAGUCAACGAGAACCAGAAAGGAACUAGCCUGAGCGGGAUGGGUGUACCCAUGACUGGAUCAUUAGAUCGCAGGAGGGGCCAUCUGCCUGGCAAGCCCAACCCCUCUGUCCACCAGCAGGGCGUGGCAGCCUGGGCUGCCAACACCCACUUCCAGAACCCGGGAAGCAGCAUCGGCCCAUCUGGCCACCACCAGAGCGGCAGCUACCACACCCUGAAACCCAGCACCAAGCUAGGCUCUCAGAGCAGCAGCCACAAGGGCUCACAGGCACCCAAAAACAGCCCUCAGAACACGGGCCACACCCCUAAACCCCACAAUAACCCUGUGCUCACGGCGCUGGUCAGCCCCACUCUGAUGCAGCCUUCCCCAGCUCCUGUGCCAGUACCAGUGCCGCUCCCCGGGCCUUCCUCCAAGUGGCUGCCUGCCAUGGAGGAGAUCCCAGAGAAUUACGAGGAAGACGAUUUUGACUCUGUGCUCAGCCACCUUCAGGGCAAACGCAGCGACAGCCGCCAUGAGCUGGUGGAUGCCAGCGAGCUGGUGGCUGAGAUCAACAAACUCUUACAGGAUGUCCGGCAGAGCUAGACUUCCUGUUUUUUUUUUUUAUUCUCUUUAUUUAUUUACCACCCACUGACUGCUUCCUUUUACCUUCAGAAUUAAAGCGAGGGAUUGUGGGUGCCAAAAAAAAAAAAGUUCCUGAAAUGAGAAACAAAGACAAAAAAAGCCGGAAUUGUCGUUAAAGUUGCAUUUCUAAUGUAAUAAUUGUGUUUUGUGAAUGCUAAAUAUCCAAAAAAUUGUUUGUAAUUGCUGUUUUGGUACACAAUGUACACUAUGUGACGAUAUUUAUCUUUGUAUUUUAAAAAUACAUUUGUAUACUUAUAUUUAUAAAAAAAAGUGUAUAUAAACUUAAUCAGAAGUCUAUUUUUAUAUUUUGAAUGCAUGUUAAGUACAAAAACCUUGAAUCAAGACUUUGACAUGCGAUCGACAUUCUACGUAUUUAAAUUGUCUUUUGUAUUGUGAUUUUUUUUUUAGUUGUCACUAUGCUAUGUAUACAUGAAUAUAUUAAUGAAUUAAUAGACAGUUGUCUUUGUGGCCUGUUGUGGGGAAUGGGAGGGUACGUAAAUAAAAACAAUAAUAUACAAACUUUA